AUGGCCUCCCACGCAGCAGCAACGAUCCCCGCGUGUGCUGGCGCCGCCUCUCAGCGGCCGCGCGCGGUGCUGCCGGCGCCGCGCCGCCGCCGCGCACCGCUGCACUCGACGUUUGCCACCAAGGACAGGGGCGGUGGCGCGGUCCUAGACAGGCCCUCCUUUGGCACCAUCGGCCCGGACGGAACCCCCCUGACGGACAGCGCGGGCAGCAAGCUGGACUCCAACGGCGGCCGCGGCCUGGGCGGCGGCUCAUGGCGCGUGCUGCUGCUGGACAGCGACAAGCAUGUGGAGGCGCGGGUGGUGGAUGCCAUCAUGGCGGUGGUUGGCGCAGACCAGGCCCACGCCCAGAACGUGUUCCACACGGCUCGCUCCAUCGGCCAGGCCAUCAUCACCUGCGCACCCAAGGAGCAUGCUGAGUUCUACGCGCAGCAGCUGUGGCAGCGGGGAUGCAAGGUCAACAUGGAGCCAGACAGCACCACCCUCUGA